UUAAGAUGGCGUCUCCUCAGGGGGGCCCGAUGGCGAUCGCGAUGCGGCUGCGGAACCAGCUUCAGUCGGUGUACAAGAUGGACCCGCUGCGGAACGAGGAGGAAGUCCGAGUGAAGAUCAAGGACCUGAACGAGCAUAUCGUCUGCUGUCUGUGCGCCGGCUACUUUGUGGAUGCCACGACCAUCACGGAAUGUCUGCACACCUUCUGUAAGAGUUGCAUAGUGAAGUACCUGCAGACCAGCAAAUACUGCCCCAUGUGCAACAUAAAGAUUCAUGAGACUCAACCGCUGCUCAACCUCAAACUGGAUCGGGUCAUGCAGGAUAUCGUGUACAAGCUGGUGCCAGGCCUGCAGGACAGUGAAGAGAAAAGGAUACGAGAAUUCUAUCAGUCUCGUGGCCUGGACCGAGUCACCCAACCCGCUGGGGAAGUCAUCACCAUGUUUCUCCUAGAACCAGCCCCAGGUACCCUUGGUCUCCCCUACAACAGCUUUGACCAUUCAAAAGCCCACUAUUACCGUUAUGAUGAGCAGCUCAGCCUAUGCCUAGAAAAAUUAAGCUCUGGCAAAGACAAAAAUAAAAGCAUUUUACAGCAUAAGUUCGUCCGUUGUUCCGUCCGAGCCGAAGUUCGACACCUCCGGAGGGUCUUGUGUAGACGUCUGAUGCUCAACCCCCAACAUGUACAGCUCCUGUUUGACAAUGAAGUUCUCCCAGAUCACAUGACCAUGAAACAGCUUUGGCUUUCUCGAUGGUUUGGCAAGGUGGGGAAGAGAAGGUUUGGGGGAAUGAGGAACUGGAAUGAAGUGGCGGUUGUAGGAGGAAAUUGGUUGGAGAAAAAAGGGUGGUUGGUUCAGGGAAAGUGUGAAGGUAAAUAGGCUGAGAAUGGAGGAGUGAAGGUGUGAUAUGAUGGUGGAAUAAAAGGGCAUAUAUAUAGAGAAGGUAUAACAACCCUCCC